AAAUGCUGACUGGAGCGUGACGCGGCAUUAUUUCCCCCGGGAAGAGACACGGAAGCCUCCAUUUAUUUUUUUGGGAAAGAGACGUUUGUGUGUCAGCUAACGUGCUGAGGUGAUAAAGAGAUUAAUUAUAUAACAUCGCGUUUGUUCUAAACUACAGAAAAUACCCAUGGCGAGCGGGCAGCUGUCGAGGGCCGAGGCGUUGGCGCGGCCGGGCUGCCGGCACGCGAGCCACGUGAUGCUCUACUGUGACACGGACGCUCUGCUGUUCGGGAUCCACCGCAUCCGCCACGUCGUACUGAUGCAGAUGCGCUUCGACGGUCUGCUGGGUUUCCCUGGAGGAUUCGUCGACCCGUCGGACGAGUCCCUGGAGGCGGGGCUAAGCAGGGAACUGUCGGAGGAGCUGGGCGUGGCCCUCCCCAUACUGGAGGAAGACCACUUGGACGCCUGCUACUGCCCUACCUCCUCUUCCUCCUCUUCCUCCCGUCUCAUCACUCACUUCUACGCGAAGAAGAUGGAGGAGGAGCAGAUCAGGGAGGUGGAGAGAGCUGCCGUAACCACGGCGACGGACCACGGCCAGGAGGUCCUCGGGAUGGUCCGGGUCCCUCUCUACACCACGGAGGGCGGCGGCGGCCUCGCGGCGUUCCUGUCGCACUCGUUCGUGGGCGGCGCCCGCUCCCAGUUGGCCGCCUCCCUGCUGCGCCUCCAGCUGGUCGCCCCGGAGGAGCUGAGCGCCGCCGCCGGGCGCGCUCGGCAGAUACGGGCGGCGCCGCCGCUUUGAAAACGCCACCAGCACCACGUCCUUGGCUCCGCCUUCUUUACUAAUAAAAGUCUCCGUCACGUCACGGGUUCGAUUUCCCAUGA